UGACGCAUUAAUCCACCGAAGAGGAACAAUAAUGAAUUUGCUCAACUCGAACUGAUUCAACAAGCAGUGAGAAAUGGAGGUGGAAUGCUUUGUGUCCAAGACCCUAGAGCUCCUUCAGGAGGAGAGAGAAGCAGAGAUCGAGGAGACAAGGCUAUGGCAGGAGAAUGUCUCUCUGAAAGAUCUCCAGAGUAAAGGUGUUUGUCUUCUGAAGCUGCAGAUAGGAAGCCAGUCAACUGGCCUUUAUGGAAGAUCACUCCUUCUUCUAGAACCCAGAAAACACAUGGGCGUCUCUGUGCUACCUAGCAACAACUUUGGACCCGGAGACAUAGUGGGUCUGUAUGACCUGGAUGGCUGUACGCCGUCCUCCCAGCUGUGUACUGGUGUAGUGACCCGCAUCAGUCAGUCAGCGGUAACCGUGGCCUGUGAGGACUCGCCGGACGGACUCAACCUGGACACAGACGCUCUGUACAACCUCAUGAAGCUGGCUAACGAUGUCACAUACAAACGCAUGAAAAAGGCCUUGAACACUCUGAAUGGGUACAGCAGUGGACCAGCCUCGGAUUUGAUCAGCGUUCUCUUCGGCUACUCAGAACCUGGCUCUAUAUCACAACCACAUGAUCUGUGUUUCCUGAACACUGGUCUGGAUGAGUCUCAGAGACAGGCGGUGUCGUUUGCGCUGUCUCAGAGAGAGGUAGCUGUAAUACACGGGCCACCAGGCACUGGCAAGACAACCACUGUGGUGGAAAUCAUCCUGCAAGUGGUCAAACGGGGACAGAAGGUCCUGUGCUGUGCUGGUUCUAACGUGGCCGUGGAUAACCUGGUAGAGCGCCUGGCUAAGGCCAAAGCUAAGGUCCUGAGACUGGGUCACCCUGCCCGCCUGCUAGAGUCCAUUCAGAAACACUCGCUAGACGCCGUCCUCGCUCACAGUGACAACACCAACAUCAUCGCUGACAUACGCAAAGAUAUCGACAAAGCUUUUAUGGGGAUGAAGAAGAUGAAGGACAAACGAGAUCGGAUCCACCUGAAGAGGGAGGUAGGAGAGCUGAGGAAAGAGCUGAGGACCAGGGAAGCUACAGCCAUUGCUGAGGUCCUCAAACGCGCUGAUGUGGUUCUAGCUACUAACACAGGUGCUAAUGAUGGUGGCCCUCUGAAGAACCUACCUGUAGACCAUUUUGACUGGGUGGUGAUCGAUGAGUGUGCCCAGGCGUUGGAGAGCUCAUGCUGGAUCGCUCUGCUCCGAGGCAGGAAGUGUAUCCUGGCUGGAGACUACAAGCAGCUGCCACCCACCAUCAAGUCUCACACGGCUGCGUCUAAAGGCCUGUCUGUCAGCCUGAUGGAGAGGUUGAUCCAGAAGUAUGGAGACUCCGUAGUCAGGAUGCUGACAGUGCAGUACCGCAUGAACAGUAACAUCAUGACCUGGGCCUCAGAACAGAUGUACCAGGGGCAACUCACCGCACACAGCUCAGUGGAGAAACACCUGCUCAAAGAUCUCCCAGGAGUAGCCAGUGUUGAAGAGACCAGCACCCCUCUCCUCCUCAUAGACACAGCAGGCUGUGGGCUUAGUGAGAUGGAGGUGACAGACGAACAGUCCAAAGGAAACCAAGGUGAGGUGGACAUUGUGGAACUGCACAUCAAAGCGUUGACUGAAGCUGGGGUGAAACCUAAAGACAUCGCUGUUAUUGCCCCUUACAAUCUGCAGGUGCAUCUCCUGCGUCAGCGUCUCUCAGCCAGACAUCCCGAUCUGGAGAUCAAGUCUGUCGACGGCUUCCAGGGCAGAGAGAAGGAGGCUGUGGUGCUGACCUUGGUCAGAUCUAACAGGAAAGGUGAGAUAGGGUUCUUAGCUGAAGACCGGAGGAUCAACGUGGCUGUGACUCGAGCCAGACGUCACCUGGCCCUGGUGUGUGACACACAGACCGUCCAGACCCACGGCUUCCUCAAGACCCUCAUCGAUCACAUGACCCAGCACGGAGACGUACGCACCGCCUUUGAGUACCUGCGGGACAUUGUGCCCCAGAACUACACCAGAGACCACCGAGAUACCAAGUCCAGCAACACUACCGCUAGCAGCUCCUCAUCCACCUCCAACAAGCAGAAGGGCAGAGGUCAGGCUGGGAGCAAGGUGGAGCCAGGACACAAGAAGACCUCUGGGGGGAACAAGACCCAGGGAGGACAGCCCCAGACAGAUCCCGGCACACACAGCCAAGCCAGACGUUCCACCCCCACGGAGGAGGAGCAGAGACUGACCCAGAUAAAAUACCUGGAAAUCAAGGGCCAGGUGGAGUGGUUCCUACAGGACCCAGACCAGACGGAGCUACGGUUUCCCUCGACCCUCAACUCCCACGACCGCCUGCUCGUACACCAGGUUGCAGAGGAGCUGGGCCUGAACCAUGAGAGCCAGGGAGAGGGAAAGGACAGAUGCAUCACUGUCUCCAGACCCCCGACAGGGCCUAACGAGGCUGGGGAAGAAGAGGAGCAACAAGCCCUACAACCAGCAGCCGUCCUGGAGGAAGACAGGGUUACAGGGCCUCCUGUAGGGCAACCGGCAGCCGUCCUGGAGGAAGACAGGGUUACAGGGCCUCCUGUAGGGCACCCGGCAGCCGUCCUGGAGGAAGACAGUGUUACAGGGCCUCCUGUAGGGCAACCGGCAGCACCUGUAGAUCUCAAGACUUUACAUCUGGAACGAAUGAGACGGGAGCAGGAGAGGAGGGAGCAGAAGAAGCAUCUAGAGACCGUCCGUACAGCAGGACAGACUCAGACUGCUAAGAAGGCCAAGGCAAAAGGAAAGACCAAAAAGACCAAAGCGGGUGCCUGUGAGAUCGCUGCGGCUGCGACGGCGGACGAUGAUUUUGACACCCUUAUAGAUGCCGUGGUGAAGGCAGAACGUGUCUGUAGUUUUGUCAAGUGUAAAACGUUAGUCAUUUAUCUGGGACAACUCUGUCUGUUCUGCAACAGACAAUACUGCCUCGGUCACCACAUACCUGAGGUCCAUGGGUGUGGAGACCAAGCCAGGGCCAAUGCCAGGAUGAGGAUCAGUAAAGAAGGGGUUCUGUAUGCCGGUAGUGGACACAAGAACAAGUCUGUAGAUCCGAACAAGAAGGCCUAUCUACACAGGAAGCUGGACUCCAAACUCAAAGACAUGGAAAAGCAGCGGAAGACCAAACCCAAAGAGAAUGACAAUAAUUGACCUUUGACCUUUUUAAUUCCAGUUUGUCAGUGACUGUAAACUCUGAGGAUGAUCCUUUGUGGACUGAAUAGAUAUAAUUAUUAAACAGAUUACUGCUAAAUUAUUUCAACCGGUCUGUCAAUAUCUUGUGUUUUAAUAUAGUAUAUAACUCAAUACGUCUUAUAAACACACAUACAGGACAUAACAGGACAUAACUUCCAGUACUUUAUUGUCCAUUAACUUAGAGAAUGGAGUUGUCUUUAUGCUCAGAAACCAAUCCCCCGAGACACACGCUGAUGGACUGGGUCAUCUGCAGUGCCGCGUCCCUGAAAUAAUUUGUAGGGGGUUAGUGCCUUGAUCGUCGGCACAACGGCAGGGGACGGUAUCUAGGAUGAUGCCAGCAACCCUCCAGUUGCCGGCUCACUGCACCAGAUUUUCCCAUCUGAGCUGGGAUUCGUACCGACAACUCUCCGGGUGCUGACCCGCUUCUCUAACCACUAGGCUACUUUAAUAUUAUUAUAUAUUUCUAGACCUUUAUCAACGGUUCUGAUUUCAUUAUGGUUGACAGUUGUCAAGUGCUACUGAAGUCUCUUCUUUUUUUUCUUCUGAUCGUGUAAUUUAGGCAUGGGCAACUGGCAGCCCGCGGAUCAAUUUCCAAAUUGUAAAAAAAAUAAAAAUGUAAUUCAGUCUGCGUCUCAACAUACUAGUAGAAUACACAUGGUGCCAGUCCCAAAUGUACUUGUUCAUCAUCACUCAACUAGCCCAGAAAUGGUUCAGGGGCGCUGCAUUGCCUCCAGGCCAUCAGGGUAUGUCUCAGGGGAUUGGGUGGUGACCAUAAAGACACAUUUCCAUUCUCUGUACGUUAAUGGACAAUAAAGUGGAGGCCAGCAACAUCGUUUCACUUGGGGCCUGAGCCUGGUUGCAUAAAACAUCGUGUUUCUCUUUAGGAAUCAUUUCCCCUUACCUAAGGGAAUUGUUAAAGGCCGUUGCAUAGAGCACCUAGGUAAGGGCUUACUUAAGGGGUUUUACGCUAGUCUAAAGUCCUGUAGAGCAGGAAGAAUCUCUUGUUACCAUGGAGAUGACCUGAUUCACUCACUGAACAUCUCAUCAAAGAGCAUUUUAUUUUGGGAGAUCACAAAAUAGAACUUCUACAUUCAAGA